GUUCAUACGUGUAUUAUUAAUUUUUUAAGCAGCUGCGAAUACAUCGCGAGCUACAUGGACAUAUCAGGCAUAGGCUUAGCCAAGUCGGGGUAAGAUGGCGGCGCAGUUCGAGUACGACGAAUCGGGUGGAACAUCCCUUUAUUUUCUGGUCUCUUUCUACGCUUUAGUUCUCUUCCCAGUCACUUACUACCUAUGGCCUUCAAAACAAAGGAAAGAUGACCCAGAGAAGUUGAAGUCACAAUGCCAGUGUGAUCCUUGUGAAGAGAAGAGAGACAGACUACAAGCCAAAAAGCCAACUCAGAAACUACGUCAUGCACUCAAGUGGAUUUUUCUGGCUGGUGCUUGGGUUUUAUUCAUAUACCUGGCUUUCAAGGCAUCUCAAGUAGAGAGAGAUCACAUUGAGUAUGAUCCCUAUGAUAUCCUUGAACUGGAUAGAGGUGCAUCUGUAGCAGAAAUUAAGAGGAAGUACCGUCUUCUAACCAAGACUAAACAUCCAGACAAAGGAGGAGAUCCAGUGGAAUUCAUCAAGAUAGCCAAAGCCUACGCUGCAUUAACUAAUGAUGAAUCUAGAGAGAACUGGGAAAAAUAUGGAAACCCCGAUGGACCAACAGCUACAAGUUUUGGUAUUGCCUUACCUGCAUGGAUUGUGGAUCAGAACAAUUCAAUUCUGGUUCUUGGUAUAUAUGGGCUGGCCUUCAUGGUGAUUCUACCAAUUGCCGUGGGCACCUGGUGGUAUCGCUCCAUUCGUUACAGCGCCGUGGAGGUCCUCCUGGAAACUUCUCAGCUCUACCUGUGGUUCAUCAACAAGACACCUUGCCUUAAUCUGAAACGUGCUUUAAUGAUUCUGUCAGCAUCCUGUGAGUUUGACCAGAGACACAAUACUGAGAUAGUGAUCCGGCCCAGUGACGACGAAGAAUUGCCUCCGCUGAUGCGAGAGUUCGACAGUGAGUCUGGCAAGAAGAGCAAAGAGAGGCCUUUCAUCUUCCCGUACAGUCGUAAGGCUCGCAUCCUACUCUAUGCUCAUCUGGCCAGGACGGAUCUUCCGUCUGACACCCUGGAAUUUGAUAAGAGAUACAUUGUCUCCAAGUGUCCUCAGCUGAUCCAGGAGAUGGUCAACACGGCAUCGCAGCUUGUCACUCUGAAAAACUACGGCAGAGUGGCUAAGGAGCCUCGUUUGGAGUCAAUAGAGUUUAUCAUGCGUCAGAGCCCCAUGCUCAUUCAAGCAUGCUGGGAUAAGUCACCCUUACAGCAGUUGCCUCACUUCACAGAGGAUACCUUGAGGAAAAAGCGCCACAUAAAGACUCUUGCCCAGUUUGCUAAGAUGAAGGAUGUGGAUCGAAGGAAUAUACUGCGCCACCUUCAUGAGAAGCAAUACCAAGAUGUUAUCAAUGUCUUGAAGACACUGCCUAAAUUGGAGGCUGAUGUGGAACUAGAAGUUCUUGCUGAUGAAGACAAGAAAACCAUCACAGCAGGCUCCCUGGUGACAGCAACUGUCACUUUAAGAAGAGGUACUUUCCAGGUCCAGGAACAAGAAUCCAAUGGUGCAGUAGAGGCCAUAGAGGAAGCCAAAGAGACUCAAGAAGAUGAUAAGACUGAUUCUCCGCACACACACAAACCCAAGACCCAUGUCUGGGAAAAGCACCGCAAGAAGAAAGGCAAAAGUGGAGGGGGCGGAGCCAAGCACAAGCCAAACAAGAAGGCAGCCGCCAAGAAGGCUGCUGCAGCGAAGGCAGCAUCAGGCAAGGGAGCCAAGGACUCACCGCAGCAUAACGGCAAGGAGACAGCCAACCACAUCAGCAACGACACCAAAGGGGCAGUCCAGGAAAUAGUCCCUAGCAAAGGAGAUUCUGGAGACAGUGGCAGUGAAUCUGAACAGGAAGACACCAGUAAACACUCAGCCAGCGAGGACAACAGGAGUAGUGAUGGAGGUGAGCAGGAGGAGGAAGAGGAAGAUGAAUGGGAGAGGUUACAGUCAGGAAUCACUCGCAAAGAAAAGGUCCUAGAAGGAUCCUCUAAGGUGUCUCAUGAGGUCCAUGCUCCUUACUACCCUGAGGUGAAGCAGGAGUGGUGGUGGAUUUAUCUUGCUGACAGGAAGACACAUCACAUCAUCACACCGCCUCAGAUGGUCUAUGAUCUAGUGGAUGAGAAAGAUGUGGAGUUGAAAUUCCCAGCACCCCGUAAAGGUCGAUAUCAGUACCAACUAUGCGUACGUUCCGACUGUUAUCUUGAUGUAGAUUACAUCAAAACAGUCAAGGUUGAUGUGCAGGAGGCCAAGAAGAUGGAGGAGACCCAUCCCCAGUGGGACAUCUCAGACGAUGAAGAGAAAGAGGAGGAAGGAGACAGUGAUGUCUCUGACUACACCACCGACGAUGAGGGAAGUGAUGAGGAAUAGGUAGAAGCCAUACAGUACAGGGAGGGAUGAAUGGAAUCCAUGAAGUAAAGGGAGGGGCAUCUCUUAGCAUCAAGCACACGAAAGUAAAGUUUGAUUUGGUUUUUCUUUAGGGGUAUGAAUUAUUUGUAUAUUUUAGUUGUAGUUUUGCAAGUAGUUGAAUAAUGGACUAGGUAGGCAGCUGAUAGAGUUCUGACCUAGGCUGAACCAAAAGAUAAGUUGCUAUGGAAGCAAUCUCUGGUCCUUGGUUUUGUCGAUUGAUUCUGAACCAGGAAAGAUGCUGGAGCAACAAAAUUGCUUUUAAUGGGAAGUACAUUGAAAAUGUUGCCCAGACACUGAGCAAUUAGCACACGCCUUGUCUGCGUUGGGCGUCACGGUUCUCAGAAUGAUAUUUUUAGACUUUUUCUCAGUAACGCAUUCUGUUCCUCCCAGAGGCAGAGCCACCUUGAUCUCUGUCAGUGCACCCUUAAAUGUGCUGUCUAUUAACAUAAUAAACCUUGAUGGAUUUCAUGUGCCUAUUACCACCUGCACACACACAGGCCUAGACUGCCAUUAAUUCUUUAGAAAGGCACUAGAUUUUGGGCUCGAUAGACGUUCUUACUCUUCUUUGAGUCGCCAUAUUCUGGCUAAAACUGCCCAGCCAUGCCAGUAAUAGAGUUCAUCACAAAUCACCAUAAAUCAAUUGCAAGUCAUAGUCUCAUUUCAAGCUGCUCAACUGGAGUGUUUAAAGGGGCAUUACUUCACCAUGGUCCUGCAUGUUUACCCGUGACUGGAUGUGGGCAUUAUCUGGUGAUUGACUCUGGGCAGACUUGUGCUGGAAUCAACAUACGCAAAGCAGCAAAUCUUUCGUCACUGUACCCCUGAAUGGUCUCUUAACUUCUUGAUCAUUGUGGAGAAUUAAAGGGAAUCUCAUGUUGAUGCUGUCAGCAUGCCACUUUUAAUUUUUGAGCCACUCAAAAAUUUCCGAGCCUCAACCAAAAACAAUAGUAUUUAUGCUGCCUUGAUUUUCGUACUGGCAAAAAGAUGAUUGACAUUUGUACAUAUGACUUGAUAAUAUCUGAAUAAGUAUUGUAAAAAACUAAAUUUAAAAUUACAAACUGGAAAUGUCAAUGCGAGUUUCAUAUGUGUUUUUUCAGCUUGCUGGUUGUGCAAGGAAAGGUACUGUGAUAUAAACAUCCAAAUUUUGUGACAGGUUCCGGUAUUAUUCAGAUUCAAUUUUAUUUUAUUGCUGGGAUUAUUUCGAGAAACGUUCUUCAAAUUUUGAGUUUGAUUCAAUGGCAUUUUGCCAAUGAGUAUCAAGCAGUUUUGCUUGAAUGUGUAUGUAUGUGCACUUGUCAUUGGAAGAAUUUCUGUUAAGUAUUUUGUCUUGAGUUCACUAAUUUUUAUUGUGUUGAAUUGAUGAAAAUUGAAGCCCUGUUUAGUGAGUUUUGUUCAUGUUGAUGUAACUUCAAUCCAACUCACAUCAAACCAUCUUGACUCAAUCUGUGCCCUUGCUUCUACAGUAUUUGUGAGUUUGUUACUUCACUGGAACUAGUCUGGAUUCCUAAAUCUUCCUACUGUUCUUAUUUCCCUCCUUUGUUUCCUCUCGCAGAAAUAUAUAAGCCUAUGUGUCUUGGAUUUUAAUUUUUAUCGAUUCCACUGUGCAAUCGAUUCUGUAAAUGAUUGUGUUUAGCAACUUAGUAUGGAUUCCUUCCAAUUCAUAUCUUGACUUGAACGAAGACUAUCAAACUUCCUGUAAAUUACGCCCUUUGUUAAUGGGUUUUUUUUGGGGGGGGGCUACGUUGAUAUGCUUGAUUAACAAUAUAACAUCAACCUCAGAUAGUAACGUCCUCGGUCAAGAUUAUGCAGGACCUAACCCCCAUUACUUGUACUGUGGGCUUGAUAGUGUCCCAGUUUUGAGUGUAAUAAGUGCACUAUUGGCUCCCGCAGUGUUGGAUUUUAAUAGAUCCAGGGAUCUGAACAAGAACAUGAGGAAAUCAUACAGUUGUUAAUGCUAGCCAAAGGCAGAAUUUAGAAUGUGUGCAUUUAUUUCCUAUACACUACUUUUAGUGUAAUAUACUUCUGCUACUUUCACAAGAAUCGUUUUUGCUUGUUUAGCGUUCACAGUGUGCUUCUAGGUCUUCAAUUUCAAGUCUACUUUCUGAGGAGAAUCAUGGUAGUUGGUUCAAAGUAGUAUUAAAACCCUUUGAUAUAUUUUUGCAGGAUAUACAGGUGACAUUUCUGUGCCAUUUAGCUUCUAAUGAAAUGAACAAUAAUUAAUUAUCAAGCAAGCUUCCCAGCAAAUAUUCUGCAUAUUUGGUGGUACCUAUACAACUGCCAAUUAAAGGUGGUCAUUUUCAUGAAUGAAAUUA